CGGAAGAAGAAGGAGACGAAAAGUGAUGAAAAAGCGCGUUAGGGUGUGUAUAAGAACUUCUAAAAAAGUAUAGAACAGAUCCUCGUCACCAGAGCCGCACAUCCAAAUCCUAUUAUGAUUAAACUCAUGUAGACAAGGAUGGUCUCGCUAGAGCAGCUGAAGAGCGACAAGCAGCUGCUUGAUUAUAUCGAGAGCCGACGAUCCGAGAAUGCGGCUGCCUCGGACGAUGCGGUUUCAAAAGAGGCAUCCACUGUCCAGCCAGCGGCAUGGACGUACUUAAGUUUUUUGGCAAUGAAUAGAGAAUGGAAAUGGUCUGUAUUCAUAGAGUUUUCUUCUCUAGGAUCUGCAAAAUCUUCUUCCGUACAAACAACGAAACACUUGUUCUGAGUAUCCAAUUUUUGCACAGAACAUUCUAUACUUACAGUGAAUUCCACCUGCUUUUUUUUCUAGUGCUGCAUUUCUGCAUAACAUAUCAGGGCCUCGUCCACCACCGUGCAGCAGCGAAGUUUGCCACAGCAAAGCACAGAAGCUACGAGUAGGAGUAAGAACAGUGAACAGACGGUGACCACGUUGGCCAACGGCAAACGACCACAUUUUAAGGGCAUCCACAUUCCAUUCUCCAGUACCAUUCUGGACUCAUCAUUUUUUUCCUUUUUCAUUAGGAAAGAAGCCAGGGAUGUUUUGGAGAAUGCAAUGCUGCAACCUCUACACAUUUGGGUUUGCCCCUUGCCCAGUUGGAAAGACAUGACGCUAUAUCAUGUCACGCAACCGGAAAGCGAAGCUGUUGCGCCUCCGACGACUUGAUCCGAAUGUAUGUCAAGUUCCCUUUGAGCGGCGAUCGUAUUGAGUUUAUUUGAAGUUGCUUGGUUAUUUGUAUUUUUGCUGCAUUGGAAAGAUGGAAGAUAUCCACAUGACAUCAAAAUGUUGAAUGGACUUCUCUCACGUCGCACCUUUUUGACACAGGCCUGGCGUUCUGGGUCCACAGGGAACUCAUGAUUGGAGGAGCCUUGCCGAAAACACAGAGUAAUAGAUUUACUGACGUUUACGGUGAGCGGGACGAGAGGAAGCAGCCAGCUAAUGGUAUUCCACCUUGUUGUUCUCCUACACUCACUUCUCCCAUGGGUAUGCUCGCUUGACACUCACAGAGUUGUCCCUUGAUUUGGUGACUUUGUAUUAUCGGUUUUAGACCAAAGGCCUCGAUGACUUUGUAUUAGUAGAUCUUAAGACGGAUUCUUGACUACGCAGUGUCCUGGCUUCCCACUCCAUCCUCCAUGAUUCUUGACUACGCAGUGAUGUCCUUGCUUAGCAGGCCAUCCCUCAUCUCCAGACUGUCUAUCUAUCUUUCGGCAACAUCACCCCCCCCUCCACCACCAGACACUGCAGCAGAGUAUGAGUACUUGAUGCAGUUGAUGACUGAGGAUAGUUUGAAGUUGCGAGUGCAAAAAUUGACGGGGAUACCAGUGGAACAUCAGAAGCUGUGGUAUAACAAAACCAUGUUGGGCAACCCGAUUUCGAGUCUAAGGAGAGCAGGUAUUUGUAGUAUAAUGUUUAUUAUGAUCAUUUCAGUAAGAACUAUCAACACAGUAUCGUGAUCUAUGAGAUCACAUUUUUAUUGAUACGAUAAUAGUUCCAUUUACUGUAUUUGUUGUGUUGUUCCUCCUUAAUGACAAGAGGUUCCUCCUCUCCUUCACCAUAACAGGUAUCGGCCACGGCAGUGAGGUGAUGAUUCGAUGUAAAACAAGAGUUGCGAGGAAGAGCAUGUUUGGGGAUAGGGGAGUUCCAGCUCUAGAAGGCACGAAGAUGGAUGGCAUGGGGGAACAGCUCUUUAAGACUGGAACUUUAAGACAGAUUUGUUGAUGUAAAAAGAAGAAACUACAUUAAUAAAUGAUGAGUCUUCGAAAUCGCAUUGUUUUGUAAUUCGGUCUUUGCUUUUCUUGUACAUUUGCUUUUCACGAAUAAGAAAUAGCUAAUCAUCAUCUAAGUCUCUACAAGGUGCUGCGCCAGCGGUUGGAUAUCGUUGGUACAAUAAGUCUGGAGACUCAGUUGUGCGGGAAAGGACACUAGCCAGCGAGUCUGAAGACCGCCUCUACCUGGACCGUGUGAGCAACACUUCAGAACGAUCAUGUACUAAUUCGUUGACAUGAGGCUAAACUUCUAGUUGUAUUUGUUAAAUGGUUGUUUUGUAAUUUUAUUUUGAGAAUGCAAUAAUUAAACACAAAAUAAGUAACGAUCAAGACGAAUUCCAUUUUCCUUCCUAUCAUCAAUGAACGAGUUGAAUUUAUUACUUCCUCUAUUACAACAUCACACUCACAGCCAACGCUCGUAAGUCGCAGGAGAGUCACAAGCGAGAUUCUAUUGACACAGCAGGUGGACAUGGGGAUGGCUCUGUCAGAACCAUCACUAAGGACUACGACAUCGACUGCAACCUUUUACAUAAGAGAAUAUCGCAGAUACCGAAAACGUUAAGGCAACCAAAGAGUAGCCUCAGCAUCAUCCGUGGCCUCUUUUUCAAGGGGAAACGGGUCCAGGGAUGGCCCACGAAAGCGAAGCGUUAGCUCUAAAAACAGACGCGAUAUAUGUCAACCAGUCCUCUGUACGGUAUUCGAGUGUGCGUGGGUCAAUGCUGGGCCAUUCGCAGUAUAUAGGAGCACGCGACUCGACCGCGACGACGGGUCGCGACUCAGCAGCUGCUAGGGAAAGCGCAAUGGCCAGAGAGAGCGCAAUAGCUCGCUUGUCAGCUGGAGAUAGGGAGACUACACAGGAAGAUGGUUCUUGGAUCUUUUAGUUUUUUUGACGUCUAAUGAAUGAUUACGAUUCUAAAAAACUCCACUAAGUAAUCAUGUCAGACCAUGUGCUUGGUAUAUCAUUAUCAACAUGAACUAGAUUUCCCUUUCUCUUUUCUCUUUUCUAUCUUCCUCUGGUCUUUCUUUUUUCUAGUUAGGUCGGCUCCACCACAAUUAUCGACGUGAAGAUCGUUUCGCUUCCUCAACAGGUACAGUCACUUCCGGAACCUUUGAGCAGGUGGUGUCGCGAUUAUCCCAGAAGGACAAGGAUAUCUUGCGACAGCAGUUCAAUGCGGAAUUGAAGCGUGCGGAACAGUCUUCCCCUCUCGAGGAUGAGAGCUAUCUUAGCAAAGGAGGGCCACUGUUAUGAGAGCUAUCUGUGCAGCAGCACAUCAUCGAGGACAAUGCUAUUUACCUAAUAUUAGAAGAACAGAUUUUUUUCAUCUUUGUCGUCUCACUACAUUUCUUAAAAUUCUAUGGUCUACAUGCUUACUUAACACUAGAAGGGCGUGAGCGUGAGCGGCAUAGAAGAGAUCACGAUACGAACGUCGCCUCUAGCUAUAGUACAUCACAUGCGGUAGUGAGUUAUAAAAGGUAGUGCAUUAUAAUAUCUUAAGUAAGUAGGAGUACAUGAAUCGAUAGAAUGUCGUACAACUGGUGCUUUUCCCUUUCAUACUUGCAGCAAUAUUACUACUACUCGGACACCGGAGCAGCAGAUGCGGGCAAUAUGACAGAGGGCGCAGAGACGGAACGUAUGGUCGUGUCUGUCUGUAAGUCUAAAGAGAAGCACUACAUGAUACUGCUUCAAGGUGUCUUUUUCUGUUUCAAGGUGUCUUUUUCAACGACUACACCAAAGAAAAGUACAGCUUAUUUCUUGAUAAGAUUUUCAAAAAGUAGAAGGAUACGGAAUUUCAACCACUCCCCUUUCAUACUUCAAGAGCGGACUGAGGAUGUGGAUGCUUCCCCGAGUCGUGUCCAGGCAGGCAGAAGCAGCGUGCAACAGGACUAUGCUCACUACUACGAUGAGGGCGCGCUUGGGGAUGAAGAGAAUGAGGCAACGGAGCCCUUGAGCCGCAGUCGAGCAAGAAUAAGUACUGGUGCUGCAGGAGUGGGUCCAUAUUCGGCACGAAGCGAGGAGCCGCGAGAACAACCCACAGACACAGUAGGUGCUGCAGUGAGUGGAAUUAUAGGUCGGCUGUCUUCCUAUUUUUCACCUUCGAAGAAACGCGGUUCAUAUGGAACCACACAGGAAGGGAGAGUGUCAUCAUCAGCUGUAGAAGCAGAAGAUUAAGGCUACCGCUAAAGCAUCCUCAACACCAUCGCUUGGCCCGUUUUCUACCGAAAAACGAAGCCAAGGACGCACUCAGGGAUACUAACGCGGUUGCUCUAAGAAGAGUCGUUUCAGGGUGUGGCACCCGCUGCAGGUCCCAGCUCCGUGGUAGAAAUAGAAGGAGACGACGCUUUAGCCCAGUACGUUCGCAACUCUUCUAGUUAUGGCUCAUACUAGUUCAUCCUCACAGGUUGUUUCUCGCGACCGUUUCUGUCUUAGAUUCCAAAGAUAUGCCGGCAGAAGGGCUCUAAGGAUAGGGCCGCUGCUAUCAAGAAUUUUCUUAGAGCGACUCCCCUUCCAUGACGAUGACCUCGAAACAGGAGAGCACUGUAGACGUUUCCCGUUCGAGAUAUCUUCAAUUCUUUGCCUCGUGGCCCUGGCUAUCAUACUACUGGCAAGGCUAUGCUUUGUCCUACUUAUUUAGUCAGUUAUCUAGUCCCUUCACACUUGAAGCGACUCCCCUUCGCCAGGCCGGAGGCCACGGAGAAGUAGUAAGCUCUAAUCUAUUGCUGGAGCACAACCCGAAGCAGCGGCAGCGGAGCCAGCAGGGCCACAAGGUGCGGCCGCUAGGACUUCGGGUCAGCGUGCUUCGUGGACUGUAGGUAGUUAUCGAGGCAUGACACAGGGAACGACAAUGACACAGCGCAGCAGCCGCACAAGGAGUUCCAUGAUUAUGCUGAGGUGAUGUAGUAUUCCAUUAUCUGUCGUGGACCAUGAUGAGUAUUCUAAGUGGGCACAGGCACCCACCGCAGUGACCCACUUAUAAGUAGGGUUAUACCGUACUUCCGCCUUGAAAAUUAAUCUAUUCAAUGCUAGAAUAACUACUUCCCACAAACCUUACCACCCCAAACCACAAAAUUACUACCUCAACAAACCCCAGUAUAGCAAAACUACUACUUCUAACCUCCCGAACCACACCACACCCUUCCUGAUUAUGCCGAAAAUGCAGUUUCAUGGGGGACCAAAGCUGUUUGAUCCCGCAAACAAGCUAACAUACGACUCUCCUCUAUAUUUCGACAACUUUUCGGACCAUCACUCUUUCCGGGAUGGCGGUCACGGAGACGCGUUUGCGCGUGUGAGGGAACGAGUUUUGGGGACGUUGCCGUGA